AUGUCGGUGAUCGCAUCCAUUUUAAUCUUUUGCAUUGUGUUUAUACUGUGGUUCUGGUUAAGGCCCAGAAGCCCAAAUGCGCCCCCGUGUUAUCCUGGUGCAUUGCCAAUCAUAGGCCACGGACAUCAGAUUUUUGGAAAUCGUAAACAUCUAUGGAAAUACUUAGAAAAAAUAUUUCAAUACUCUUUGGAGAAGGGUGGUGUUCUUGAAGUCUGGCUUGCAACGCACUCUGUUUAUGUUAUAACUGACCCUGAUGAAAUUCUUACCGUUGCAAAUACCUGCUUGAACAAAGCAUACUUUUAUGAGUUUGGAAAGGAAUAUUUCAAAAAUGGAUUGAUCACUUCUGAAGCAUCAAUUUGGAGAAAUCAUCGCAAACUUCUAGAUGUGGCCUUCACUCAGAAAGUUCUGGAUACAUUUGUCGAUGAAAUGAAUGCACAGACUCGGGUGUUAGUCACUAAUUUAAAUGUCCUAGUUGAUAAAGGACCAUUCGACGUGCGACAAUACUUGAUAAAUUAUACGCUGAAGAUUGUCAGUCGGACAUCGCUAGGACUAGAAGCGAAAGACCAGACAAUGAUAGACGAAGCGUACGCUGAUGCAUUAGAAGAUUUGAUUAAAGUUUACUGUGAGAGAGCUCAGAAAGUGUGGCUGCACCUCUCUUGUAUCUACGAUAGAAGUUCUUUGAGGAAGAAACAGGACUAUCUGCUGAAGAUCAUGAAUAAUAUUAUAGAUGCUGUAAUUGUAAAACGCAGAUCGGAUUUGAAGCUUAACAACAAUGAAUCUACACAAUGUGACAAAGCGAAAACAGGUAAAUUCAAACCAGCCCUAGAUCAAAUACUACAAUUAGUUGAUGAGCAUCAUGUCUUCAAUGAUGAAGAGAUUCGAGAACACCUGGAUACCUUUGUGGCGGCUGCCUACGAUACAACUUCCGAAACCCUAAUUUAUGUACUGUUAGCCAUAGGAUCACACCCAGAAGUACAAGAGAAGAUUUUAAAAGAGAUACAAGAAGUUCAGCCAAACAAAAACGAAGAUAUCUCAAAGUAUGAUCUUUUGAGAUUGGUGUAUGUAGAAGCGGUGAUUAAAGAAGUACUUCGCCUGUACUCGCCAUUGCCUGGAGUCGCAAGGAAAAUUGAGAAAGAUGUUAAAUUAAAACACUAUACAUUGAGAGCAGGCAGCACUUGCAUUUUAAGUUUAUAUGGGGUCGCACACCAUUCCAUGUGGGGUCCCGAUGUAAACGAGUUCAAACCAGAGCGGUGGUUUGAUGUCGCAAACUUUCCAACUAACCCUAAUGCAUUUGGUGCGUUUGGGAUCGGCAGACGAAACUGCAUUGGUAAACAGUUCGCACUGACACUGAUGAAGUUAACAGUUGUGUAUCUCGUGCGAAACUAUCAUAUUUCAAGUGAUAUAAGUAAACUUGAAUCCGAAUAUGAUAUAGUGCUUAAAGCAGUAUCAGGACAUCUAAUAAGUAUUACUUCUAGAGAAUAA